AUGUUGUAAAAGUACGUAAAAGAAUAAUACUUUGAAAAUUUGAGAAAGUUCAAAUAUAACGGAUAAAAUUUCUCUAUUUUAUACAAUUGGAUCCUUGGAGAUAUUGCCUAAUUUGUUGUAAGAUAUUAAGAUAUAUUAAUAGGUUGAUCAUUUACCUAAGACAGUUGCUCCAAAUUUAAUUACUAUUACUGGAUUUUGUACAUUAUUAUCUAGUUAUCUAUUAAGUUUAUAUCUUAAUCCAAUGUUUGAUUAAGGUCUACCUUAAUGGGCUAGUUUGUACAUAGCUUUGACUAUUUUUAUUUACUAAACUUUAGAUAACGCAGAUGGUAAAUAAGCUAGAAGGAUUUAACAAUCAACUGCCUUGGGAAUGCUAAUGGAUCAUGGAAGUGAUUGUACUGCAGCUUGGAUAACUGGAUAAUUAUAUCUAAGUGCGUUUAAGAUUGCUUUUACACCAUUUUCAAUGUUGGCUGCAAUAGGAGUUGGAUUUGGAGGUUUCUUUUUUGGAGUGUAUUGUUAAUAACAUACAGGAGUAUUUUAAUUAGGAGUAAUUAAUGGAGUUGAUGAAGGUCUUCCUGUUAUUCAAUUGUUCUUUUUGAUAACAGCUAUUAAAUCUUCAGAAUUUUGGUUAAAUGAAAUUGAAAUACUCAAUGGAAUCAAUUUAUAAUAUAAUACAAUAUUAUUAUUGAUAACUAUCAUUGCAUGCAUAAUUACUAUAGCAUAAUUUUGUUAUCCAGUGUUUAAGAAAAUGAAUUGGAAUAUCAUUACAAUCUUAAAUAGUUUACAUUUACCUAUUGCAGUUGUAUUCACAUUUAUUAAUUUAAUCUAUUUGUCACCAACAAAUGUUUUAUCUAAAUGGUUUCAUAUAUAUAUGCUUACAAUUGGAUUAUAAUGGUCUAAAAUUAUCAAUAUUUGGCAAUUAGCUAUCAUAACCAAAGAAGUAAUUUAAUAAAAUAUUAUUAUUAUAGAAUUUCAAUCAAUUUUCAUUCACUUGGUUAAUUACCCUAGGGGCUAUCAUAUUAAAUUUGUAUUCUCAUUAUUUUACAUCUGAUGGGUUUUGUUAUUUUGAUGAAGUAGAAUUGAUUUUCUGCUUAUUAGUCUUUUCACUUCUAUCUUAUUUUCAUUGUAUCUUGAGUAUAGUAACACAAUUAUGUGAGAUUUUAGACAUACAUGCUUUUAGUAUCAAACAUAAAUUAUGAAAUAUUAAAUUAUAAAAUUAUCAUUAUCAAUAAUGCUAAUCAUAGAUAAAAUUAUUGCUAUUUGGUAAAGCAUUACUUUUGGAACCAAAUUUGUUUUAAUUUCUAGUAUAUUGUGCUGCAUCCUUGACAUCCUUAACAAUAAUUUACUAUUUAAUCUCUUAGUAGAUAUCCCUAAUUUAACAAUCUAUUAAUACGAAUUAUGGAGAUUACUUAUUCCAUAAUUCUUUCAUGGUAUAUUUCAAAUCAAUUGAAAAUAGGCAAUAUCUAUAAUCUAAGCAUAAGUUUAUUAGGAUUUUUGGUUUGUGCAAUUGAAGUUGAAAAAAAUUAUGGUACCAUACCCUUUUUUUGUGAUAUAUUCUUUAAGAAUCUGAUCAUUUAAGUAUUUAAAAUUCAUAAAUAGAUUAUUUAUGUUUUGUUAUGCUUUUCACUUUCUUAAUUAACUUUAGAUGUUCAGGAUACAUAGUCUUUUGGCUUAUGGAAUAUGACUUUUAUUUAUAUGUUGAAUAAGUAUAUUCUGUCUUUUUUUAAUUUAGAGGACUUGCUGAUUAGGAUGAUUAUUAAAAGUUUCUCUGUUUUCCAUUAUAUCUCCCAUCAAAAUAUUAUCCUCCAGCAUUCUUUUUAAUUAUGAAUUCAAUUGAAUAUCCUAGAUUAGAUCUAAUAGCAGCAACUCUGUUUGCAUUUAUUGAAUAUCAAUUAUUUGAUGGUUUCAUGAUGAAAUUAUCAAAGGUAAUUUUUAAGAUUAUAAUUAAAGGGAUUUGUGACAAAAAUAGAAUAAUCAUUUCCAUUCAAAUAUAUACAAUCACGUUAAGAUUUUAUUACAUGUGAUUAAAUUAAUCAUUCAUUUAAUAUGAAUGAUGCAAAAAUUGCAGAAUACUAAUUAGAGAUAGGAAUGAUUUCAACAAGUGAAUCUAGAGUAUAAGAUUAAAAUUAGAUUUGA